CAUAACUUUAAAUUUAUUAAAAAUAAAACAUUACAAUUUGGUUGUAGUUGUAGAAAAUUUGUAGAAAAAUGGAUACAAAAAUAGCAUUAAAAAAAGUUUGUAAGAGUGUAAGUGAAAGAAAUUAUUCCUUACUGACCUCUGGAGAUCUAUCGCAUUUAAAUAAUAAGGAUGUAGUAGUGUGUAUUACCGGAAAUCCAGGGCUAUGUGAAUUUUACACAGAUUUUGCAACAGAGGUUCAUAAACAAACAUCAUUGCCUGUUUGCGUUAUUAAUCACAUAGGUCAUGAAGAAAAUGAGAAUAAUGAGUUAUACAAACUUGAAAGUAAUAAAAAUAUAUUUAACCUUGAGGGGCAGGUGCAUCAAAAAUUUGACUUUAUAACUAACCACAUCGAUAAAAACAGCAAAAUACACUUGGUCGGUCACUCCAUAGGAGCCUGGAUGCUCGUAGAAAUGUUAGAUAGAUAUGGUGAAUUACAUGAAAGGAUAUCAUCAGCGAAUCUUCUGUUUCCGACAAUACAAAAACUGGCUCAAACAAAAAAUGGCAGGUUUAUGAAUAAUUAUGUUAAGAAAUCUUUUAAAAUAAUAAUAUUCUUGUGCACUUUACUACAGUGGUUGCCUAAUGCAUUUACAAAUUUGCUUAUCGGUACAUAUCUCACAUUAAAUUCAUUACCUUGGACUCAUUGUAGUAGCAUUAGACAGCUUCUAAAUCCUUCUGUCCUAGAAAAAGUUUUAUCUCUCGCUUUUGAGGAAAUGGAUACAGUUAAAGAAUUAAAUAAUAUUGGUAUGGAGAAAUUGAAACACUUUUCCAAUGUUAUCUACGGUAGCAAAGAUAACUGGGCGCCAGUUCAGUAUUUAGAUGAGUUAGAGAGAUUUAAACCGGAACUCCAAGUGAAGAUUGUUGAUAUUGAUCAUUCUUUUGUUUUAAAAUCAUCUGAAGCUGUUGCUACUAUGGUAUCAGAUUUCAUUAACAAGAGAAAAAGCAGUUAAUAAUUAAUUUUACAUGUAUGGCCUGAGCUUCUGUUGCUUUUAAAAUAAUGGUUCAAGACAAUAAGGAACAGGAAUGUGCAUUUAUAGUCAAAUAGAUUCCACUGUCUUAUAAAGGGGGUAGGUAUGAUAGUUAUUUAGAAAUAAUUUAUUUAAACUAUGUGUAACAACUAACAGUAGCUAAUAAAAUGUACUUCAAUGCAUUCCAUAACA